AUGGCAUUAUAUAGCAGCUCUUCUGAUUCGGAAAGUGGAGAUGAUGAUCUUGAUGGCUUAGAUUCGGAAGAACAAGAAGCAUCAGGGCUCUUUUUAAAGCGACGCAAAAGACACCGUGCAAAAAAUGAGAAAGAUCGUGCUAUGCUGGGGAUUUUUAUGGACGAAAGUGAUGAUGAUAUGUCAGGAUUAUCAGAAAAACAGUUAAGAUACAAACAUGUUCGUUUUACGUCUUCAAAAGAUUUAGAUGGUCUAAGUAGGUUAAAUGAAAAGUAUUCUACACCAAAAGAAUCAGGAAAUGCAAGAACAAUAGAUAGGAAUAAGUUAGAAUACUCUUCUGGGGGUUCAAAGAUGCUACAUAGUAUUCCAAAUGAGUUACAGACGCCAAAAUCUUUUGGACAAUCUAAAGCAUUUAAAACAACUAAUUCAAAUACACCAAAUCACUUCAAAAGCUCUGGAUUUGGGGCAAAAAUAAUGGAAAAAAUGGGUUAUGUUGCUGGUAAAGGUUUAGGAUCUCAAGGACAGGGUAUCUUGAAUCCUGUAGAAACAAAAAUAAGGCCAACAAGAGCGGGUCUCGGCUCAAUAAAAGAAAGAACACAACAGGAUAUUGAAGAGUCAAAGAGAUGGAAUAAAGAAGUAGAUGAAGACCAAAAAGAUCAAUAUUCAAAAAGUUUAUCUGAGCAUAAACAAGAAAAAAAGCAUAAAGAAAAACUAAAAUACAAAACAGCAAGCGAAAUAGCAGGUGGAAUGGAAGUCCCUCGUGUUCUUCAACAAAUAAUUGAUAUGACGGGAAAAGAUGUUAAGUUAAUUGAAAAUGUCUCUGGAACAAUGUCGAUCCCAGUAACUUUAAGUCAUAAUGAUGAAAUGUAUCAAAUAUCACUGAUUGCUAGACAUGACUUGGAAAUGUAUGCUACCGAAUGGAAACAAUUACAAGAUCGUAAAACAUACAUUGAAAUGGAAGAAAAUAGGAUAAAUGAAAAAAUAAACCAAGAAUCAAUAAAAAUACAGGAGCUUGAAAGAAUUAUAGAAGAAAUGGAAAAAAUAGAGCUAUUUUGUAGGAAUAAUCCUAAAAAUAGCCUUGAAAUAUUAAAUGAUGUUUCUGAAAUGCUAGAAAGAAUUCAAAUAGAAUUCUCUGAAAAAAUAGAAACAUAUCACUUGGAUGAAGUCGUUGUUUCUAUUCUCUUCCCAAUAAUCAAACAAAUAUUUCUAUCAUGGGAUCCUUUAGAGGAGCCUACUCUUACUUUAAAUUUUUUUUGCAAAUGGAAAGAUGUUUUAAGAACAGGGAACAUGUUUAAUUCAGAUGAGGUAGAUAAUUCUUUUUCAUUAAAACAAAGAACUAUGACCCCAUUUGAAAACAUGCUGCAAUAUCUAUGGAUUCCUAAAGUCCGAUUAGCAAUCAAUAAUGUAUGGGAUCCUCAUAAUCCUUCUUCUGCUCUUCUUCUUUUUGAAUCAUGGAAAAAUUUAUUAUCACCAUUUAUUCAAGACUUUAUAUUAAACCAACUAAUACUUCCAAAACUUCAAAAAUCUGUUUCUGAUUGGAACCCUCGAAAUUUUAUUAAGAAAAAAGAUCAUCAACUUCCACAUAUUUGGCUUUUUCCUUGGUUGCCUUUAUUGAAAGAAAAUACGGAAACUUUAAUUGAUAAUGUUAAAAGAAAAUUUAAAAUAAUAUUAAGUUCAUGGGAUAUACGAAAUGGUCCUAUAGAAGAACUAAAUGCAUGGAAGGAAAUUUUUGGAGAUAAUCAAUUUGAAAAGUUAAUGUUAAAUUAUUUAUUACCUAAAUUAUCUACAUGUCUUCGAGUGGAUUUUGAUAUUGAUCCAAGUGAUCAGAAAUUAGAACCUUUAGAAUGGGUGUUUUCUUGGAAAAAUUUUUUUAAGCCUUCAGUGUUUGAUCGAUUAUUUGCAGCAGAUUUUUUUCCAAAAUGGAUGGAUAUACUUUAUUUAUGGCUUACUGAUUCAGAUUGUAAUUAUGCGCAAGUUAGUGAAUGGUAUCAGUGGUGGCAACAAGUAUUUCCUUCAGAAAUGCUUAAAAUGCCUAUGAUCCGUGAAUCUUUUGUAAAAGGGUUGGAUAUGAUGAACCAUGCACUUAAUCUUGGAAAGGAUGUUUCUGAAAAAUUGCCUCCUCCUAUAACUGAUUUUAUAGACUCCAUAGAAGCGAAAACUAAAGAAAAUCCAUUACCUAAGGAAUAUAAAAAGCAAUUUUGUGUUGAAGAUAUUAAAUUUAAAGACGUUGUUGAAGAAUUUUGUGCAGAACAUGAUCUUAUUUUAAUACCUCUGCGAAAAGCAGAUGAAAAUACAGGAAAUCCUCUCUUUAGAAUCACUGCAAGUGCAAGUGGUACAGGAGGUAUUGUUAUAUACAUUAAAGAUGAUGUUGUUUGGGUACAAGAUUUAAAAAAUAAAAAUGAAUUUAGUCCUCAAUCUUUAAACCAUAUUUUAACUUUGGCACAAAGAUCAAGUUAUCGGAUAUAA